UGAAUUAGCUUGCCCAUUUCCGUAUCUCACAUGUAUCUCUGAUUGAAAAUGUGCUUAUAUUUACAAUUUACUAUUUCUGUUUUAGUUCUUUGUGUAUGAGCUUAUAGUAAUUACGCGUAAAAGAUCUGUAAUCUGUCAUGGACCAUUCAACUUCAAACGUUAUUGAAUUACCAUUUUCCAUAGAUAAAGAAGAUCUGACAAACAGUGUGUGGAAGGUUAUAGCAAUUUUGAAACCCAAAUGGAGGCAAGAUAGCAUCAAACAUAAAAUUUUCAGUGAUGGAAUAACAAAUUCUCUUGUGGGGGUUAUUCAUGAGGAUGACAAAGUUAAUAUGAUACUUGUUCGUGUAUUUGGAGAAAACACUGAUAAGAUCAUUGAUCGUAAUGCAGAAUUAGUUAAUAUGAAGAUUCUUCAUACCUUGGGUUUUGGCCCAGCACUGUAUGCAUCCUUCUAUAAUGGGUUAGCCUAUCAAUAUCUACCUGGGGAAAUCUUGACACCUGUAACAUGCUUGGAUGAAAACAUAUAUCCCCUUGUUGCAGAAAAAAUGGCUAAUUUUCAUCUUCAGUUUGCUUGUGUAAAAGAAAGACUGCCUCUUGAAACUAGAAAAUCAUUAGAAAAAUCAGUUCUGUGGACCAAAUUAAAGAAUUUUAUCAUGCUCUGUCCUCCAAAAUAUAGCUCAGAUGUUCCUCCAAAAGAAAAACUCCUGGAAGAGUUAAGGUGGUUGAAGAGGAUGCUUCAGCAAUUAAAUGAUCAACUGGUAUUUUGCCACAAUGAUUUACUCCUUGCAAACAUACUUCAUGACAAGGACAGGAACUCCAUUGAAUUCAUUGACUUUGAAUAUGCUGGUCCCAAUUAUCAGGCAUACGACAUAGCUAAUCAUUUCUGUGAAUUUUCGGGAGUCGAAGAUUACAACCCUUUGCGCUACCCACACGAAGAUUUUCGAAAAAAAUGGGUAACUGUUUAUUUGAAAACCUUUUAUAAAAAUGAAACUGUAGACGACAAAACCGUGCACCUAUUGCUUGGACAUGUCGAACAUUUCACCCUCGCAAGCCAUUUCUUCUGGGGCGUUUGGGCACUGAUUCAGGCUGCAAAUUCAUCAAUUGAUUUCGACUUCGUUGGGUACGCAUCUUUACGUUGGGAUCAAUAUUUUAAGAAAAAAGCUGCUAUUUUAACUGAUGCCGGUGCCAUAGAAUCCUAGUCUAUCCUCUUCAAUGUAUGUUUUUAUAUUGUUUUUCAGUUAAACACCGUUGAAUGGGAUAGUUAACGAAUUUCUCCACGAAAAUCACACUUUGUUCAGUCAGAUCCCUUAUUCAUUCCGCAUGCAUUUCUUUUAAUUGCAAAUGGGUCAACCGAAUGCGCCUAUUAAACACGGGAAAUCCCAAAUAAAAAAAAAUGUGCCAUUUUAUGCCAUCAACAAUUAGUGUAGUUUUUCAAAUAUAUUAUACCAAUUCACUUAGUUGCUUGACUGCCGAAAUCUCCUUUUGACCCUUUGUAACAGCGAUAAAUCUCCUUUUUAUGACCAGUGAUCUGAUGUUUUCCAUUGUCUAGAAAUUUCUAAAGUUAAAUACUAUGAAUUGAUGUAAUUUUCUUCCAUCUAAGAGAUAAUAGACAUAGUUUUUCAUCUUCUUUCAAACAAA